CUGUAAAACAAAUAGCAGCAAUGGCCUCCCGCGCCGCCCUCACCCGCCUCGCCGCCUUGCCUGCCGCCGCCUCGGCGCGCGCCCUCUCGACUGCGUCGACGUCGUCGUCGCUGGCCACCAGCCGCGCCGCGCUCGCGGCCACUGCGACCCCGCGCGUCGCGCGCUCAGAGGCCCGCUUCCUCGUCGGCAAGGAGCAGCGCCGCGCCGCGUCCUCGGACGAGGGCGCGCAGACCAUGACCGUCCGUGAGGCCCUCAACGCCGCCAUGGAGGAGGAGAUGAUCCGCGACCCCACCGUCUUCGUCAUGGGCGAGGAGGUCGCCCGCUACAACGGUGCCUACAAGGUCACCAAGGGCUUGCUCGACAAGUUUGGAGAGGACCGUGUUAUUGACACCCCCAUCACCGAGUCUGGCUUCACCGGUCUCGCUGUCGGCGCUGCCCUUGCCGGUCUCCGCCCCGUCUGCGAGUUCAUGACCUGGAACUUCGCCAUGCAGGCCAUUGACCAGAUCGUCAACGAGGGCGGCAAGACCUACUACAUGUCGGGCGGCAACGUCCCCUGCCCCGUCACCUUCCGUGGCCCCAACGGUGCCGCCGCCGGUGUCGGUGCCCAGCACUCGCAGUGCUUCGCCGCCUGGUACGGCUCCAUCCCCGGCCUCAAGGUCGUCUCGCCCUGGUCGGCUGCCGACUGCAAGGGUCUCCUCAAGUCGGCUAUCCGGGAUCCCAACCCCGUCUGUGUCCUUGAGAACGAGCUCCUCUACGGUGUCUCCUUCCCCAUGACCAAGGAGGAGCUCUCGGAGGACUUCCUCAUCCCCUUCGGCAAGGCCAAGAUUGAGAAGGAGGGCUCGGACAUCACCAUUGUCGCCCACUCCAAGAUGGUCACCCACUCGCUCGAGGCCGCCGAGAUCCUCGAGAAGGAGGACGGCAUCAAGGUCGAGGUUGUCAACCUCCGCUCCAUCCGCCCUCUCGACAUUGACACCAUUGUCGCCUCGGUCAAGAAGACCAACCACCUCGUCACUGUCGAGGGUGGCUUCCCCGCCUUCGGUGUCGGCUCCGAGAUCAUUGCCCAGGUCUGCGAGUCGGCCGCCUUUGACUUCCUUGACGCUCCUCCUGAGCGUAUCACUGGCGCCGAUGUUCCUACUCCCUACGCCGAGACGCUCGAGGGCCUCGCGUUCCCCGACACUGACCUGGUCGUCAAGACCAUCCGUCGCCACCUGUACCGUCAAUAGAUGGAAUGGCGAGAUUUAGCCGUUCCUGCCCUUUCAACGCACGUAGUGUAAUGCAUCUAUGGGUUUAGCUG